AUGCCCGGAAAUCCCGUUUUGCCGGGCGAGCGGCGUUGGCAGGCAGGCGGUCGUGCUAUAGCAUUAUCUGCACUCGGCGUGUGCGAAGGUCAGCUGCUGUCCAAUUCAACAAAUAUGGAUACCUACUUGCCGCCGCUCACUCUCACGCGUCAGUGGAUACCACGCCCACAAGCGAGAGCAGCGACAUUCCUACUUGCCGGCCGCGGGAGUUGUCGAUAG